AGUUAGUUCAUCACAUACAUGAAUUUGAUGUAACUGCAGCCAACACGAUGUCGUUUAAAUUUUUUUUAUUUUUUUUUAAAAACGAGUCUUCUUCGUCAGUCCUCCAUAACUCCCAUGUGUUCUCUUCAGAUCGCAACUCUCACCAUUUUUGUCAAAGAGAACAACAAUUUGAUUCGACCCAGUUUCAUUGAUCCUCAACUAUUCACACAGUGGAAAGGCUGGUUUGUACGUUUCCGAAUCCGAUAUGUGUCUUGGGUUGUUUGGUGGUCGUCACCUACUUUCACAGCUCCCUCUGAGUUUUCUCAUGUUGCUUCAACGAAGUACACCGGUUUGGAACUGAACAGAUCCGACUUCCAUGAAUAUGUUUCCUCAAUCUCUUAGGGUGUGACCGGUGACCAAAUGAAAAGAAACCUUAUGUUUCUUAAUAUUCCUUAAACAUUUUACCAUUCAUGAGGAAAAAAUAUUCUUUUUCAUUCCUCUUCAUUCCUUUAUUUGUAGAGAAUUAUAGAACAAAUCAAUUCCUUAUUAAUUUUGAUAAAGAACCAUCAUUCCUUAUCAUUCCUAAAAAUUUAUUUUUAUUCAUUCCUUUCCUAUCCGUUCCUAUUGUUCUUAUGAUGGUUACCAGUCACUGGUGCCGUUAGACUAUCUUGGAUAUAUUCUAAACAAUAUAUCAUAUAUCUUGUAUAUAGGAAGUCAAUAUCGAGUAUCUCGUACAAUAUAUAAAGUACUCAUAAAAUCUCGUGUUUGAAUGUUUGAAUGUCUUGUGUUUGGAUAUUUCAUCGUUUGAUAAAUAAUAAUUGCUACGAUAAUGUAACAAUCUCAUAAAAUCAUUGUUGAUCUAUUUGACCAAUUGCAAGCAUAUGCUACUAGUUCAGGCUCAUUGGAAUUGUAUCGCUCUACGCCACGGUCAGAUUCCAUGUCCCCACAUUCCCCAAAUGCACGAGGUAGAGGAUGACCAUGUUUUUGUUAAGACACUCAACGGGGACUCAGUUCUCAAAAACAUUAAGGGUUAAACUAGACUUAUCCAAGGAACUAUCCGACUCUAGAUAGAACGUUAACCUACACAAAUUAAACGCAAAUUAGAAUCGCUACCUCUAAGUCCUACAGAGUCUAUGCCCUAUGUUGAACAUGUCUGCCGAGUUGACCCGAGUACCAAACCCUCUCACUGGGACCAUAUCUUUCAUCAAAUAUAGGAAAACAAUCCUAAUGGCUUUCGUUUUUCAAGAUGCUCCCUUGCAUUACAAGCAAUCCAAAUCCUAGUCAACCGCCUAAUAAAAUUGUUAAUAAAAAAUUGUAUUGAGAUAAAUAGAAACCUUCCAAAUUUAUCGGAAGAGAAAUAGAAGCAUUCCUAUUCCAACUCUAACUCCAAGAGAAGUAUAAAACCUAGUUACCAAUCUCCUCUGCGUUCUCUUUGUGUUUUGUUUCCCUGUCUUUUUCAGCUUCCUUGGCUCUCGCUCUAUAGCAAAGAUGAGAUCUCCCCUAAGAGGUAAGAACCCUAAAAGCCUUUUUUUCUUGUUCCUGAAUCCAGAAUAACUCUGUUUGACCUAUAUUAAAUAGGGUUUUGUUUAAUCUAAACUGGGUGUAUAAAUUUAUAACCUUACCCCUAGCUGACCUGAUUGUUAGGAGACUGUUUUAGUCUUCAAUGCUUUAAUCCAAUAGUUUAAUAGGAGAUUUAAUCAUACGUCUUCUGAUUAGUUUAUUUUCCCUUUAUGCAUAUGGUUAAUGCUCAGGACGUGGAAGAGGUGAAGGAAGUGCCAUGAGAGGCGGUGGAAGAGGUCCCAGAGGAAGAGGUCCCAGAGGAAGAGUGCCCGGAGGAAGAGGCCCUAGAAGUGGGCCCGGAGGAAUGAAGGGAGGAAACAAAGUGAUAGUGACUCCUCACAGACAUGAAGGAGUGUUCAUUGGUAAGGGUAAAGAUGAAGUUAUUCUCACUAAGAACUUGGUUCCUGGUGAAUCCGUUUACAAUGAGAAGAGAAUCUCUGUGCAGAACGAAGAUGGAACUAAGGUUGAAUACAGAGUUUGGAACCCUUUCCGUUCUAAGCUAGCUGCCGCAAUUUUUGGUGGUCUUGAUGACAUUUGGAUCAAACCUGGCGCUAAAGUUCUUUACCUUGGUGCUGCCUCUGGAACCUCUGUAUCUCAUGUCUCUGAUAUUGUUGGACCUGAGGGAUGUGUUUAUGCCGUUGAGUUUUCUCCAAGAAGUGGAAGAGAUUUGGUGAACAUGGCAAAGAAGAGACGUAAUGUGGUUCCAAUCAUUGAAGAUGCUAGACAUCCUGCUAAAUACAGAAUGCUUGUGAGCAUGGUUGAUGUCAUAUUCGCUGAUGUUGCUCAACCAGAUCAGGCUAGGAUAGUAGGUCUCAAUGCAUCUUUCUUUCUCAAAGCUGGAGGUCACUAUAUGAUCUCAAUAAAGGCGAAAUGUAUAGACGCAACAAUGCCAGCAGAAACGGUAUUUUCAAACGAAGUGAAGAAGCUACAAGCGGACGAGUUGAAACCAGCAGAGCAGAUUACUCUUGAGCCUUAUGAGCGUGACCAUGCUUGUGUUGUUGGUGGAUAUCGCAUGCCUAAAAAGCAGAAAACUGCUACUGCUUCUUAAUUAGCCAAUCAGUCUUUUUACUAAUUAGUUUUUGAAUUACAUAUGAUCUCGACGGUAGGAAUUUUAACUUGCAUUUUUGAGUUGGAUUUCAUUUAUAUGCAUUUUUGAGUUGGAUUUCAUUUAUAUGCAUUUUUGAGUUGGAUUUUCAUUUAUAUUUUCUCAUGGUUUUGGUUCUAAUUAAAAUGGAAUUUACUCUGAAGUGAUAAUUUGAUUUAUUUAUUUACAUGAUUGACCUAUAGAAUGAGCCAUUUUCUUCUUCUUGAUUAUCUAUUGUUUUACUUAAAAAUAUAGUCACACUUGAAAAGAAGAAAUACACGUACAUACGCCUCUGUAUUUCUAGAGACAGUGCUGCUUCUAAACCACUGUCUCUCAUGUAUAAUUUUGUUAGUCCUGUAACUGAAGCCUUUUACUAAUCUAUGGUGUUAUCCUUCUGCUAAUUAGUUCUUAGAUUCUUCACCGUCUUACUACUGUGACUCUACCAUCUUUGCUUUAUGUAUUUUCAGGAAUGAAUCAUCUCUCUAUGCCAUUGAGUUUUCU